AUGCCGUCCAAAACGGAAUUCGAUGCCGAAAUCGAGGGAGAGAGGUUCAUUGAACUCAACCUCGAGAUCCACGCAUUAAUAUUAUCGGUCUUUGGGUGCCCAGAGAAUUACCCUGCACAAGCUCAGCUGAAGUAUUUGGAUAGUCUCGAGGAAAUCGUGAGGUUUGUUCCGAUACCGGUAUCUUAUUGGCGCGAUCAGGUUGGUCGCAGCCUGCAUCAAUGUAAUAUUCUCGCUGGUAAGCUGGUCGACCUAUUGGGUAAAGCGAGACUGGAAGGCAAUGAGCACCAUGGUUGGGGAACCAAAUUUGGGUUACAGAGGAGGAAGGAUAUCGACAGAAUAUUUGUCGAGAUAAAUGCAGAGAUCGAUAUCAUAAUGCUUCAGGUUGCUAAAAGUCCCAACAGGGACCUUAGCAAAGUUGACACGGUUACUUUGCUACCACGAGCAGACAAGGCAAUGAAGAACCCAAUGUUUACGGUUGCCUCUGCAAAGAUUAUCCGAAACCCUUUUGCAGCGGACCCAGUCACCGAUCGUGACGUUAUCAAGACCACAAAAGGCGAAACCGUUCAAGGGAAGUGGGACUGGGUUCUUCAAACGCCCGAGUUCAUCAAAUGGAGAACCUCUGAUGAUAACUCUAUAUGGAUAUCAGGGGGUAUAGGGUCUGGCAGAACUCUGCUGGCAGUCUAUCUCACUGAGCAGUUACAGCUCACAAUGACUUCCGACGAGAUUCUACUUUAUUAUUUCUUUGAUGCCAGACUUGAAUUACGAAAUAACGCUGCGUGUUUAGUUCGGAGCCUGAUAUAUCAGCUUGUUCAGCUAGAUAAGGAUGGUAAACAGGGCAAUCACUGGUGGAAGACAAGGUUCCAAUUUCUCUGGUAUAUGUUCAUCGAGAUACUCCAAGAUCUAAAAGGCUGUCGAGUUAUCUGUGUCCUUGAUGGCCUUGAUGAAUGCGAAUCAAGAUCAUUGGACCUUAUCUUGAAGAAGAUCAAGCUUGAUAUUCCCGGCCUUCCGAUCAAAUUCGCCAUCUUAAGGCGCGUUGCCCCGCCAGCUUUGGAAGAUCUCAUGAGUCAAUAUCUGAGGGUUAACUUAGAUGCGCCUUUUCGAGUCGACGCCCUGAGACAGUACAUCAGUGCAAGUCUUUCGGCUCUGCCAGAGGUCAAACAACUUCCAACCAGUGUCAAUAGCCUUGUAAAGGAUCUUUUGCAAGGACGAUCGGCAGCCUCAUAUCUCUGGACACAUCUCGCUCUCCAAAGCCUACAACAGGUCAAAGCGGACCCGAUAUGGGUCGAUGGCGAAAGAGACUCUAUGGUUGCACUUCUGUUACCCGUAUAUGCCCGCCAGGAGGCUAAGAAGGCGAUUCUGGCGAAGGACUCGUUUACUCCAGCGGCAGAACGCGGCCCCGAGAAUGUGAUCACAGGAUCUUUUUUUGACGCCGCUGUAUAUAGUACUACCUCCCUAAAGACCAUGAAGGCAUUGUUGGAACUGACUGGCCCCCACGAUAUGAACAGAGAAAGAAAUGAGUUCUCUCUUAGUAGAGCGCGCACCCAUGGCAAAAGGGCUGAAGUAAUCCAGAUGCUCAUCGAUGACUACGGGUACUCAAUUUCAGACUUUGAUGGCAAAUAA